AUGGAUAUGGAUCAGCGGGAUCUCGCCGCCGGAGGGGGUCUUGACCGACUACGUGUUUACGCAAGGAAUGGACGUGGGAGUCCAUCUGGACAUCCCCGCCGCCUACUGCGCAUAAUCCGCCCUCGCUUGGCACGUCCACGGCGCUUGGCGACUCAUCUCAUCAGAUCGCCAAUUUUGAUCAUCGACCAUCAAAAGGGGAGUGAUAGGCGUGAGGCAUUCCAAAUUCUGGCGGACAAGAGAAUGCCAAGCUUUGGCCCUUUCUUCGUACGGAGCGGAGGGUUUCAUUGA